AUGUCUCAGUCCUUAAAAUGCCGCAGCGCUGUCCCCUACAAAACUGCCCAAGCCGAAAACGCCGAACUGGACGCCCCGGUCGGCCAGGUAGCCAUCGUCGCCAGAUACCCGAAAUUAAUGGAGAUGGACGAAACCACGUCGGUUGGACGCUUUUUAAUAGAAUUGGAAGAGAUCCCCCAAGGAAAUAAUUCUGUUUCAAAGGAUUUGCAAUCGCUGCGGCUGAUAAAUCGGUUUCCCUCUGCGAUUCUGGAUGAUACUUUAAAUGGACAGCCUCGUUUCUACGAUAUUCUAUGCAAAAUGGACGCCGGCGAUUAUCCGUGGGAUCGAGCCUCGUGCGCCUUCGAAAUCUCUUCAAUUGAGAAGAACGCUUCCGAGUUGCGACUAAUUCCGGUUUUUGUGCCUGGAGAGCCCGAAAAUAUCGAAAAUUCCAAGUGGAAAAUUGCUGAAACAUUGGCCUCGACGCAACUCUACACGGUGCAGGGGCAACAGUUUGAUUUGGCAACAUUUACCCUGAAUUUCAAGCGAAAAUGCACGGCCAAAUUCACGCUGCUGCUGUGGGCAAUUUUUCUGCUGAAUACGCUGGCUCUGAUUUCAGAAAAAUUCCUAAAAAACGCCCUACUCAUCGAAGCGGCCAUCUGGCUGGUGAUAUGUUUUAUCUCGCCGAUUCCUCAAAGUCAAAUCGGUGUCCUAAUCGCGUGCAACAUGUUUUUGCUACUGGCCGCUGGGAUGAUCCGGGCCGCGUUACCGCAAUUAUUAUUCGGAUUUCGCAAAAUGGAG